GGAAGCACCGCUUCUAAUACCUCCUCAAACAAUAUACCAAUUACAACACAGCAUAUUAUGAGAUUUAAACUACUAUCUACAUUUAUCACAGCUUUGUUACCUCUCGUUAGAAGUGAUUUUUCGUUUGAAGUAAAGAAUUAUGUAGCAUGUGGUAUGCUGGAGGUAGAAUAUUCCGGUGCAAAUGGUUCACCCAAUAUACUAAUUCUCCCCACCGGUGGUGAUACUCAGAAUAUUACAAUGUUGGGCUACCCAACGAAUGGUAAUAAGGGAGAAGAUACUUACAUAUUACCAGAAUUCAAAAUGCCGACUGGUCAAGAAUUUACAGUUACUAUGGGUGACAAGGAUGGAUUUGGAACUGGUGGUACAUCUGAAAAGCUUAAAGCUCAAGACUAUAAUCAUGGAAAUGGUUGCAUACCCACAGACGGAGGAAUGACAAAAUACGCAAUUAUCAGUAAUUCCUCGCAGUGGAACAGUUGCGAUACGAUCAAUAUUCGUGUAUAUGAUAUGCAUAAUCUAAAAGACACGGAUUUGAUAGAUUAUUAUGCUAUAACGCCAAACACGCGUCCUAUUCACAUCCAAUCCACGUAUGGUAAAGAUAAUGGUACAAUUAACUAUCAACUCACACAAGGAGAACAGAACCAAGUUCAAGUUUUUUCACUUUACCGAGGUGAUAACAUCCAAUAUGAUUUAGGCGGUCGCACUGAUUUGCACACUCUUGGACCAGGCUCAGAUGAUUGUAAAAAGCCAUUAGAGCCUUCACCCACCGCUUCGUCACAAACCAUCCGUCAAAGUGAUGAUAGUGGUGCUAUAUCAAAAGGUGCUAUUGCUGGAACUGUCAUUGGUGCGGUGAUAGGAAGUGCUGCGCUGGUAGCCGCCUCGAUGUUUUUCUUUGUCAAGUACAAAAGGCACGCUCAUCUGAGACUUGAAUAUGCAAAAAAAUUGGAAAGUGAUCUUGGACACAGAUCACCUGGUGAAGAUCUUGAUGAUAUGGGACCAGUAACUCCGUUUACCUUAAACAAUCCACAACAGAGUGCCUCAAACCAAGAUAACUCAACACGUUCACCCGCGUCUAUGACCAAUGACAGUACUCAUACUCCGCUUAAUUCAUCUAAUCAACAAUCACUUCAAUCUGGUCCUUCGGAUAAGGGCCCUAAAUACCAUCGGGAUGGUGGACCUGUCGUACAGAAUGAUGGGAUUGGGACAGAAACUGAUGAUACCGAUGUUCCCCCAACUUAUGAAGAUGCGUCAAGAAUUGAUAGCCCAUUUCGUAAUCAGCUCGAUACUAGUUGAGAAUUCAAGGAUUAAAAUAUUUCAUUGAUUUUUACUACUUUCUAUUGUUCUAAUGCAUUUUGUAAAUAUUUGAUAUAAUUUUAGCAAACUGUUGGUAUCGUUUCUGCGAAAUUCA